AUGAAGUGGGUUUUUUUAGUGUCGUGUUUAGUGUGGGUGUUAGCAUUGUCAGUGGCUCAAGAGGAACAGCAGCUGAAUCGGCCGAAAAGAACAUUGCAUAUUAUGCUUCUGAAAUUUGCUGAUGCUUUAGGUUAUGAUGUUCAGCCUAGAACCGCAAGACCCCCGUGCCGGCACCACAAGCAGCUCCUCAGGGACAGUCAGGAGGGCAACAACAACAACAGGCUGGUGGGCAACAACAACAACAGGCUGGAGGGCAGCAACAACAACAGGCUGGGACAACAACAACAGCAAGGAGGCGGGCAACAGCAGCAGGGAGGAGGGCAACAGCAACAAGGUGCUGGUCAGCAACAACAAAUUACUUCGAGGCAGCGAGGAAAUAGUGCUCUACAAUUAAAUGGGUUGAUUCCACAACAAGGUUGGAAGCCACAACCAUGGCUUCAAGGAAAUUUACAAUUUGCCCAGCCCCAAGGACCACCACCUCCGUCCCAAAUGCCUCCAGCAAGUCCGGCACCUCCAUCACAAAUGCCUCAGCCCAGUCCACCUCCUCAACCACAAAUGCCGCCAGCACAACCAGCGCCUCAGCCUCAAAUGCCUCAAACGAGUGCAGCGCCACCAUCACAAAUGCCGCAAAUGCCACAAGCUCCACCACCGGCACCAACUGAAACUUUCACAAAAACAUUAUCAAUUAAUUUUAACGUGAAUCGCCAAGCUGAUCCAGCUCCACCGGCACCUCAACCACAACCGCAGCAACCGCCGCCUGCACAAUUUGUGCCAUUUGGUUUCAAACUGGGAGUACCAUUACCAUUCCCGUUGCCGUUGCCUCAACCUCAGCAACCGCAACAGCCACAGCAACCUCAGCAACCGCAACAGCCACAGCAACCCCAACAACCACAACAACCCCAGCAACCACAACAGCCCCAACAACCACAACAACCCCAGCAACCACAACAGCCCCAGCAACCGCAACAACCACAGCAACCGCAACAACCACAGCAGCAACAACCGCAACAGCCACAACCAUCACCCCAAUCGCCACAGAUGCAACCACAGCAACCCGAACAACCUCAGCAACCACCACAAAGUUUGCCACCACCACCUCAACAACCGUCAGGACCAUCUGGACCACAAUUUGAUAUACGACAGUUUGGAGGCCCACAAGGCCAAUUUAAUCAGUUUAAUCAAUUUGGUCAAUUUGACGGUUCAAGUGAAGAAAAUCAGUUUAAUCAAGGACAAUACGGUCAAGUUCCUCAAACAGGGCCAGAAAGAAUAUAUCUUCCGCAACCUAAUUCUGCACAACAAUCUAGCGAAGAAGCUUCUAAUGCAGAUUAUCCAGACUACAGCGAAGAAUCAAAUCAAGAUGAUACACAGUUCGAAAAUGCAGUUAACCACUUCUGGCAACAACAAGCUUUGCACCAGCCAGGACCCCAGCAUCAAAUUGCGCAACAAACUGCGAGAAUAACGUACCAGGGACCAGCAGCUAAACCGCAAAUUGGUUUGGAAGGUUUCCAAAAGAAUUUUGUGCAGCCUGGAUAUUAUGAAGACCCAGCUUUUGCUCAAUCUGCUCAUAGAGCAAGUAACAGCAUCAUUACGAGAUUUGAUCGCCAUGUAGGAUACACCCAGCGCACCAGACAUCCGUGGUAG